AUGCACUUCACCACCCCACUCCUCAGCCUCGCGGCCCUCAUCCCCCUGGCCUCAGCCGUAGGCAAUGCCGUCGUGACAAACAACUGCGCCGCCCCAGUCUACCUCUGGUCCGUCGGCGGCUCUGUCGGCCCCAAGCAGACCAUCCAGCCGGGCAAGUCCUACUCUGAAGCCCUGCACCACGAUCCCGCGUCCGGCGGCAUCUCGCUCAAGAUCACUCGUACCGACAACGGGCUCUACGACGGCAGCCCGCAGCUCAACUACGCGUAUACCCUCGACGGCCAGACCGUCUGGUACGACAUGAGCGAUGUCUUCGGCGAUCCGUUCUCCGGGAGCGCUCUUGUCGUGAAACCGGCUACAGCGACUUGCCCGUCCAUUUGCUGGGCGAACGGCGUUCCCCCUGGUGGUAGCCAGGUCAAGAACUGCGGAGCGAAUGGGGAUAUUGUGCUUACGCUUUGUGCAAAGAGUUGUUAG